CCAUCAAUUAACUCUCACUCUUCCCCCUCGUCCACCUUUCUCACCACUUUCCCGGAUACUGCAUUGAAUGUCGCUCAAUCUCGAAAUUAAGACGCCCUCGCCUUCGUGAACUGCCGCCUGAGUGAUCCUCCCCGACAUCUCGCGCCACCGCAACAACCCACUUGUCUGGCGUCAUGGUUCCCCAAAUCAAGCAGGAUCCAGACGCUCAGACGGCGCCAUACAUCAAACCCGACCCCGAGAGCAAAGACACCGUCCUCGCCGACAUCGACGACGAGGACCUGUACGAAGAUGCCGGCGAUCUCGAUUUCUCGCAGGCGCAGCGGAGCGUAUGGCUCUCGCGCCUGCCCCGGUCGCUAUGGGAGCAUUGGUCGAACAUAACCAACAACCUGGACGACGACGAGGAGGUUCAGAUCGGAACGAUGAGAGUGGAAGGGACGCCGAACGAUAUCAAACGAGUCAGUUUGCGCAUCCCCGAGCGAGACGAUAACCGCGAAAUCCCCAAAGAUUAUAUCCUGCAGCGACAGACGAUAAACACGGAAAUCACGUCGCACUCGACGCAAAACACCUACCUCUUUACGGAACGAGAUAUCCCCGGCCAGGAAAAUCGCAUGGUGGUCUUCGGCGAGGCCCGCUCCGCGCUGUACGAGUCGAUGAAGCGCGAGAUGAAGAAGAAGGAGCGCAAGAAGAAGUGGGAGCCCUACGUGCGCAAGACUGUGCCUAAACAAACGGCGCUGGUUGGUAGUAUUGGGGAAGAGUUUAACUGCCUGCCGGUUGAGAACGAGGAAUUCCGAAUGUUGUCGGAAAAGAAGGCAAUGGAGGCGCUGAAACCCAAGCGUGAGACCGUCUUCAUCGAUAAGAUUCCGGGCAAACUACUCCAGUCGCGGAAUGCGCUGCCGAGCGACAAGGGUGCAUUUGUGCAAGCUACCAAGCCCGCCAAGCUCAAGGCCCAGGAGAACAAAACCACGCGUAUGCCGCAGAACGAGCUGCUGGAUCUCAUCUACCAGGCCUUCCGCGAGUACAAGUACUGGCCUUUUAAGACGCUCAAGGCCCGGCUACGACAGCCUGAGGCAUAUCUCAAGCAAACUUUGGAGUUGGUGGCUCAUUUGGUCAAGUCGGGAGACUUUGCGAUGACCUGGGAGCUCAAGCCGGAAUUCAAGGAGAGCAACUAUGCGACCGCGAUGGCCUAUGGCAAUGCCAAGGAGGAGCUUCCUCCUGGUCUCGACUAUAACUUUGAUGAAGCCUCGGAGGAUGAUCCGAUGGCGUCGGGAAUGGUGACUGAUAAUGACGAUGCACAGUUUGAGAAUGUUGUCUAAAGAGCACGGGAUGUAUCUUGCAUAGGCCAUGGCGUUUUCUCUCUUCUUUCACUCUCUUUUGGGUUACUGGAGUGAUGCUUUUCAUACAGAUUUGUUUUAGAUACAUCUAGUGAGGGUUUAGACCACUGGCUCACCCAUCACAUACCAGUUAUCG